AUGCGCUGCUUCUCCCUCCUAGCCCUUGCUGCCGCCGCAAUCGCGCCAUUUGUUGGUGCUGCCCCCACUCCUGCCCCUCUUGACGUUGGUGCCGCCGUUGCUGGUGUUGCGGGCGUUCACGCUCGUCACGUUGAUGUCGCAGCUGGUGCCGUUGCCGGUGCUGAAGUCCAUGCUCGUCAUGUUGACGUAGCUGCUGGUGCAGGUGCUGUCGCCGACGUUCACGCUCGUAACGGCCAGAAGGGUGUCCAGGCUAUCCUUAUUGACCUCAAGGUUGCCCUCGGCGUCCACAUUGACGUCCUCAACCACCUCACUAAGGAUAACUGCACCGAGGAUAUUCUUACCACCCACCUAUCGGCCAUUGUCAAGGUUAUCGGCGAGGCGGUCGUUGAACUCAAGGCUCUCGUUGGCUUGGACAUCUCGGUUAUCCUCUGCUCUGUUGAUGGCACUGUUCAGGUCGCCGUUUCUGUUAUUGCAGAACUCCUCGCUGAAAUCCUCCUCUUGAUCUUUGGCGCACUCGGCUUCGUUCUUACAAUCAUAGCAGAUGUCAAGAUCCUCGUCGAUGUGCUCGUUGCUGUUGCCUUCGGCGACUGCUUGUGCGGCCUCAUCUCCGUCAUCAUCUCCCUCGUUGAUGGUAUCCUUGCUUGCCUUGUUCCCCUUGUCCUCGGACUCGUUAGCAUCCUCCUUACCCUCGGCCUCGGAGCUGUUGGAAAGGUCCUCACCAUUCUCUAA